GACAAUGACCUGCAGAGCAACAUGCCCAAGUUUUAUUGUGACUACUGCGAUACAUACCUCACCCACGACUCUCCAUCUGUGAGAAAGACACACUGCAGUGGUAGGGAACACAAAGAGAAUGUGAAAGACUGCUAUAAGGAACGGACAGAAGAGUAGGCUCAGAGCCUGACUGACGAAACAACGGCUGCAUUUCAGCAGGGAAAUCUACCUCCUACUCCAUUCUCUGCUCUUCCUCCUGCAGGGGCAAUGAUCCCACCUCCUCCCAGUCUCCCGGGUGCUCCUUGCCCUGGUAUGAUGCCAGCACCUCAUGUGGGGGGUCCUCUCAUGAUGCCAACCAUGGGCCCUCCUCCUCCUGGGAUGAUGCCAGUGGGACCUGCUCCUGGAAUGAGGCCCCCCGUGGGAGGCCACGUGGCAAUGAUGCCUGGUUCUCCAAUGAUGAGACCUCCUGUCCGUCCCAUGAUGGUGCCCACUCGGCCAGGAAUGACAUGA